AUGGUGAACGAUACGGGCCUCGAGAAGGAUGAAAUCCACGACUUCAACCUCUCCAAUCCUGCUUCUUCAACUCUGGCAUCUUCAUUAUCAGAUCAUGAAAACUACCAUCCUCCUCUCUCGCAUGCACCCUCCAUCACAUCAUUGUCCUCCGACUCGAUCAACAGUGACCCCCUAGCUCCCCUCGAACAGGCCCUCACUCCAAAUCUUGAGACACCUGCGGAACAACUUGCACAUGCCCAACUCACUUACACAAAGACGGGUACAUCAUACGCGACUACUCGUUCACGGGAACCAUCAUUCGAAGUUGAUUUUGAAGAGAACGAUCCUGAUGAUCCAAGAAGUUGGCCGCUAUGGUAUCGAGCUUAUACAAUAUUUGCUGUGAGUUUCGCGACAUGGGCGACAGUUUUAUACAGUUCAUCAUACACUUCAAGUAUGCCGGGAAUGAUGAAAGAAUUUUCCGUCACGAGUGAGCCAAUCGCCACAUUGGGUGUCACAACAUUCUUGCUUGGAUUGGCUGCUGGAAGUUUGGUUCUUGCCCCGUUGAGUGAGAUUUGGGGUAGGAGGCCAGUUUAUAUUGGAUCUUUGGCUUUCUUUGCAUUGAUGGUUCUACCUUGUGCUUUGUCCACUUCUUUAGGGGAGGUCUUGGGCGUAAGGUUUGUUGGUGCCCUUGCAGGUGCUGCCAUGAUAGCCAACUCUCCUGGGACGGUUGCAGAUAUCACAACUGAUGAUUAUCGUGCACUGGCCUUCAGUUUUUGGAGUAUCGGGCCAAUGAAUGGUCCAGUGACGGGGCCCCUUGUUGGUGGUUUCGCCGCCGAAUACUUAGGAUGGCGAUGGACAAAUUGGAUCGUGAUGAUACUUGCUGGGUGCGCCUUGGUAGCUUGUGGAUUCGUCAAAGAAACGUACGCACCAGCAAUCUUAAUUAAGAAGGCAGCAAAAAUGCGCAAAGAGACAGGAGAUGAUAGAUAUUGGUGCCGAUACGAUCAAAAGAAGAGCUUCUACGAAAUCUUGAAGAUCAACCUUUCUCGGCCAUUCAUACUCAGCUUUACGGAACCAAUCCUUUGGUUCUGGAAUACGUACAUAGCAAUCAUUUAUGGUAUCCUUUACCUGUGUUUCGUUGCAUAUCCAAUCAUUUACACGGACAUGCGUGGAUGGAGUUUAGGGCAGACUGGCCUCGCUUUCCUAGGAAUAGGAUUGGGAAACAUGCUCGGAAUUCUUUCUGAACCACUUAUUCGCAAAAUGAUUAAUUCACACAAGAAGGAUCCGGCAACUGGCAAAGUUCCUCCAGAAGCUUCGGUAAGCAUUAUUUGUAUAGCGGCCGUUAUGUGUCCUAUUGGACAACUUUGGUUUAGCUGGACUUGUGUUCCUAUCACAAUCCAUUGGAUCUGGCCAAUCCUUGCUGGAAUUCCUUUCGGAGCUGGAAAUACCUUGGUUUUCAUCUACGGUACGAAUUAUCUCGCUGGUUCAUAUGGUAUCUAUGCGGCAUCGGCGCUAGCAGGAAAUAGUGUGAUCAGAUCAAUCGUUGGAGGGACAUUACCAUUGGCAGGGCCAGCCAUGUACGGUACGCUGAAACCACAAUGGGCUGGAACUUUAUUGGGAUUAGUACAAGUCUUCCUAAUUCCCAUUCCUUUCAUUUUUUAUAAAUGGGGAUCGAAGAUUCGUGCCAAGAGUCCAUUGAUCAAGCAAAUGAGGGAAGAGCAAGAGAAAAUUGACAAGAGGGCUGCUAGGGCAAAGAGAAGGGAGGAAAAGCAAGCAGGGUUGGAACCAAGUAAUAGAGGGACGGUGAUCAUUAGCGAUAAGGAUAUGGAAAAGGUCUACAAGUCACGAAAACUAAGUGACCAACUCAUAGAAGCAGGUGUAUAUUGGUGUACGGACUAA